AUGUUACUUCAACUUCCAACAGAGCUAAUACAGCUAAUUCUUCGACAUUGUGAUACACCAGCCUACUUUCAGGUAGCCUUUUCAAGCCGCAGGCUUUACGAGAUUGCUUCCAGUAGCCGAGAAGUCAUCAUUCAUCAGUUACAUAAUACUCCUGGCUGGAAUGACGGUAUUGAAACUCUUCAAACUAAGCAUCUGUUUGGUGAGUUGAUGAGACGGUCUUAUGAACACUUAGAUGGCGCAGAGCAUUACGCCAGCCCCACCUAUGAGUAUCAAAGUCAAGUGAUUGACUACCAUGCAUCAACAAUUGAGGCAUCAGAAGACAGCAUUCGAGCACUGCUUGUCUUCAAAGGUCACAGUACUGUGCAUCUGGUUGAUAUGAGCGAUGGGGAUCGGACUGAGGUGGAAUUGAAAUCACCAGGACAAGAUAUCGGGGAGGUCGAGAUCCUGCAGACUGCUUUUGAUGGAAAUGGCGGAGUCGCCGUGCUACAUCGAUUCAAACCAUUCUUAGACCAAGAAUUGGACACAGAUCACCCAUUUGUUAAACAUGCCCUAGAGUCUUGCCCCAACGGGAGUAUUCACCUGGCCUGUCAUCGCUUGGAUUCUCCGAAAAACACCAUUCGAAUGUGUGACUUUCCCGAAUGCCGAGAUUAUAGGCCACUGGCUUUGUCCGCUGCCAACGGCAAAUUCGCAAUAUCAUGGCAAAACAUGCUCGACCCCUCUGAUCAUUACGUCGUUCUUUAUACCCAGCUCUACGACGACGAUGACGAAGCGGAAGACGAAGAUGAAGAUGGUUCAAGCGAAGGCGUUCUAGCGGAAGGCAAGGGAGAUAAUCCCUGUAAAAUUAUUCAUGCCGCUCUUGAGGCCUACGUUUUGACAAGCUCCAACGAUCAAGACCCGCCUAUCCGUCCUUCUCGAAAAACAGGCCCCGCGACAAGGCUGGCUUUCAAUGAUCGAGGCUUCCAGUUGCUAUACCACUACCGGACUCAAAAUAUCUACGGUGCCUUUCAGAGACUUCAUCGCCUCCCUGGCCUCCUCCCAGGCGAGCCAAAGCCACAUGUUAAUGAGAAUGCAUGCACCGUGCAGUUUUCGCCUUCCCUCUCGCUUCAAUUCUCAAUUGGAAUACCAUUCUUCGGUACCCAUGAGCUCGGCAAUAUAAACCAGGGAGAACAGUGUCAUUGGCAGUACCUCGCCUUCGGGAUUGCCACCCACCGCGUUGAAAAAUGGACCGUGGCAUGCCUCCUGAAGUCUGAGACAUACACUGGCCCACGAUGUACCCAUGUUCUGAAUCUCGACCGCGGUAGGCGUUUUGAUAACUGGCAGAUCAUGGCGCGGCUUGGGGGAUUCCGGGAGGUAACAACUUCACAUGGAUCUCCUGUGGCAACGUCCCGUCGUGGAACUCGUGUUGCUGUCGCUAACUGGAAAACACUCUAUGUCUGGGCACUGAAUCCCUCGGAAUUGAUUGGAGACAAUGGUACGGGCUUUUAUCCAUCAUCGUGGGAAUCCUCUACAGGUGCCAUCGAGCUGCGACCAGUUGUUCUCCAGUUAGAGGCGGUUUGCUCUCAACUAUGCUUCACUGAAAAGGAAGACGAACUGGUUGCGGUUACUGAUCGUGGAAUGUUGUUUCUGAAUCUCGGUUACAAUGAAAAAGGCAAGUAG